AUGACGACUUCUCACGACCGUGCCGUGCUCAAUCAAAUUCUGAAUCCGCUCAUGCCGACGAGCGAUUCGGGCGUCGGAGAAGUGCAUUUGGAGGCGGACAACGUGCAGCACGAGGGCUAUGCGGACAGCCAGCAACUGCAGAAUGAGGGAGUGGCUCUCGCGGAGAGCGGAAAAGUGACAGAGGCCCUCGAGAAGUUCUCCAGUGCAAUUGCCACGUGUCCCUUGAACCCGUCCGCGUUCAACAAUCGCGCUCAGGCCUAUCGUCUACUGCAGAAACCUGAAGGUGUCAGUUUGUGUAAGCUUUCUCAUACCAUUCUUGUUUCAGAAGCCCUUCAAGAUCUCAACGAGGCUCUUCGCUUAGCCGGGCCGAAAUCCAAAACGGCUUGUCAGGCUUUUGUGCAACGCGCGAGCAUCUUCCGGUUGCAGGGCGAUGAUGAGAAGGCCAGGGUGAGAGUUUUAAAUAAUUAAUCCAACUUUUAAAAGUGUUCUUCUUUUCAGACAGAUUUCGCGUCGGCCGCCGAACUGGGCUCCUCGUUCGCAAAAAUGCAACUGGUUGCUCUGAAUCCGUACGCGGCAAUGUGCAACAAGAUGUUGGCCGAGGUGUUCGAAAAGGUCAAGACUGGAAAGGACUGA